GUUCUUUUCUAGAUUUACACCCUCAAAACUCUCGCAUUUCUUUGCCCAAUUCUAGGGUUUUUUUUUUCUUUUUAUAAUUCACUUUUGUCGAUCUCCUCUGCCGGUUCACCGUGCUGGCACAGUAUUGCAUCAACUCCAUGUCCUCCACUGCCAUGCAAGCGAAUUCAGCUGAUUCAUCUUCACCUGAACAAUCAUUAGAUAGGGACUCACAGUCUGAUGAAGUUUUAAGUGAGGAAGAAGAUGAUGUUAGCAAAGAAACACAUGAUGUGCCAUACUUUCCUUCAGUCUCAGAUAGUUAUGGACAAGGACAACAGAAUUUUCAGCAUGGAGCACCAAACAUACUUCCCAGGAAUGAAGAAACCGUCGCACAGGCACCACAACCUGAACUCGUUGGCCACUCGGUUGCUUGUGCUUCAAAUCCCUAUUACGAUCCCUAUUAUGGUGGGAUGAUGGCAGCUUAUAGUCAGCAUUUGGUUCAUCCACAGUUUCUUGAUAUGCACCAAGUGAGGAUGCCAUUGCCUCUUGAAAUGGCACAAGAGCCUGUUUAUGUGAAUGCCAAACAAUAUCAUGCCAUAUUGCGGCGGAGACAGUCACGUGCCAAAGCAGAGCUUGAAAAGAAGCUUAUAAAAGACAGAAAGCCUUAUCUUCAUGAAUCCCGACAUCAGCAUGCUAUGAGAAGGGUAAGGAGUUCUGGUGGUCGUUUUGCAAAGAAGACUGAAACUAAUGCCAGUGAGGACAAGAAAGCAACAGGGUCGGGUGCAUCGGGCAUGAAACGCAUGCAGUCAGGUCAGUCUGGUGAGAGUUUCUCAGAAACAAGGGGAGGGGUGGUGAAUUCUUGCAAUGGUCGCACGUAUGCAGUCGAUGGAGGCGGCAGGUAUGACAACCAAGAUGGGUUUCAGGGAUCAUCUUAUCAUUCUGACAUAGGGGAGGGAGGUUCUUUAGGUCAGCAGUGGGCAACCAUGCCGGCUAACCAGGGUUCGCAGAGGGCUGUAGCCAUGAAGUGAGAAGAUGCUUCGUUGGCAUGACCGGCAAAUCAUUCUUGGCUGUUUUAUGGAAAUGUGGAAGGGAGGGGAGGGUAAAGAAGGUACUCAUUUUCGGAUUCUUUUUUAGUGGUAUGUACAAAGUAUAAUGGUGGUUUAGAAAGAAGAAUGGUUAAUUUGGAGCCAAGUUUAGAGGUUUGUUAGUCCAUUAGAAGUUUAGAAUCUCCAUAUUAAUUUGGUGUUUAUGCAUGUUGAUGUUGUUGCAUGGUUCAUUCAUGUUUUCCUUGUGUGUGUUCUU